AGUCUAAAGCCUCAACGUUCUGUCUUUUAUGCCUCUAUAAGGUUCUAUAGUUUUCGAAGCAUUUUUUAUGUUGUCAAAACAUUUACUAAUUUGAUGCUUGACUUUCACGUUUGGCUUGACUUUCAAAAACGCGCAAUUGUAACAAAAUUUCUAAUCGAUGGAAUAGGUAUCAACCUAGCUGAGCGUGACAGGGACUUCGGCAGUCCGGAGCUAAUUAAACACCUCAUUCCAAUGUGUUUUCGGGUGCCAUUAUUGAAAUUCCGCAGUCAUGAUGGGACUUGUGUGGAUCUGCAGUUCAAUAAUAUUGGUUCUAUACGUUCCUCGCUUUUUGUGAGGACUUGUGUCGAGGUCAUUGUGCCAAUUGUUAUUCACUGGUUGAAUUCAUUAUUUGAUGUGGUCAAGCUGAAGGACAGCCGUAAUGGACUCUUUUCUUCCUAUCAUCUCAAUAUGUUGGCUCUCCACUUCCUUCAAUCCGAUCGCCGGGCUAUCCCCUUUCCUGUCACAAGGUGGAGGAUACACGGUUCACCCUCCAUUUCUUUCCGGAACAUAUUAUUCUUCUGUAAUCAUCAAAUUUUUCAAGGGUAA